AUGAUGAUCCCGACUACCCUAUUUCCACUGUCCCUGAGUAUAAGAAUUCCCAAGCAAAGUUCCCAUGCAGAUAAUGAUGCAUGUCCCAAUCAGGAAAAGUUGAUCCUGCUGAGAGGCAAUCAGGGCGAUGCUACCUAUGUAGAUUGUAAUCAAGCCAAUCUGGAAGUAACAAUGAAGCCAAAACUAAGCCCAAUGAAAGCCCACAAGAAGACAAUGUUGGAAAGAGCCCUUGCAACUACCACUAGUCCCAGAGAUAUUUCUACAGCCAAACAAUCUUUGAACACUGACAACACCAAAUACCAAGACUUUGACUCCCUUCCACCUGAAAUCAAAGCUAUACGCAGGAACAUUCACCAGUGCUCCUGUCACCAUCGAACAGCCACUGAAUUGGCGGCAGGCCGGCUAUGUUUGUGCUGCAGGUGUGGCUCAAAGGCCUGCAAACUGGAGUUAAAACUGGAUGCGAUGCGCAAGAUUCCAGCUGGCUUCGGAUGUCAUUCAACGGCUGAAGAGGCAGUAACCAAGAUACUGGCAUACCACAAGCACAGAGGUGACCCACUACCAGACAAUUGGGAUGUCUUAUAUGACUCUGAUGGGAACUCAGUGGGAUCCUUCAAACAAACUGAAGCCAGUGAUGCCGAUGUUGAUUUUGAUGUUGAUGUUGACACAUAUCAGAGAACAAUGACAUUACUGGAAGCUGAGUCUCCAACAUGUGACAAUGGAAGUCAUGAGGCAAAAGAGAGUAACUGGUCUGGAUAA